AUGAUCUUCACUCCCGCAAACGACAAGACUCGCAGGGACAGCGGCAACUCUACCGCUUCAGACGAAGCUCUAUUGUCCUUUCUGGAGCUUUCAUAUUCUUCUUCGGAUGUUGCAAGCUCGUCUUGUUCCUAUCCUUCUAUUCCUGUUUCAUUCUUCGAUCCGUUAGAUGAUCCAUUUUUGGAGCCUCGCCCUAUCGGGCCCAAAGCGUCGAACAAGGAUCAUUUAUCACAGUCCCGACCCAGAGGACUGCCAUCAAAUAUUCUAUCACCGUUGUACUCGAAAGAUCACUCUCACUCCUCACUCUCCAUGGACAUGGACAUAGAAAUUGGCACUGGCAAUGGCACUGACUUCGGACAACACUUGAAUGCUGUUCUAGCCUCGACCAUUGAUAUUGCUGAAGUAAAACGAAAGCGAGAAGAUGCGUCUUCAAAUUAUGACGACGACCAAUUCCAAGGCCAUGAUAUUGUUGACAGCGACGACAUGUCUUGUGACCUGCUGUUCUCGCAUUUCAGUGCCGCCUCCCACAGAACAGAGGUAUCUAACACGACUUUCGCUGGAUGGUGA